AUGCAGGGCUUCUGUGUGACUAGGCAAUAUUAAUUGAUUGAAAAUGAUCAGUACUGGAGGCUGUAACCCCUUUUCUUCUCAGCUGCCACAGUGAACCUCGCACGCAGUCAUGUACAGCCCUAGAUGAGAUCAUGUAAUGGCACGCGUCUCAAACUCUCCAGGACAGCGAGACUCUUUUGAGAGCAACCGGCAAGCGCUUUCCAGCUGGAAGAAGCUCAGCCAGCAGUCAGCCUUCCAAACUGAGACUUCCAUGCAGUGUUAAUCACAGUGGGACCCCACGGACAGGCUCAAAGAGAAAGGGCUGGAAACGGAUUUACCCUGAGAGUCCAAAUACCUCCAGCGCCAACUUUCCUCCCUAUGAGAGCUGCUGCUGAUUCACCCGGGCUGAGCGGGAUGUAGAGAGUAAUCCCAUCUGAAAAAGCUUAGUAGCUCUUAAAGAAGACUCCCGAUGAGGCUCCAGUGCGAAUCAGGCAGGGUUCAGAGUCUCCCUGCCCUUCAUGAUCAUGACCCUGCUCCACAAGCCGUACCAGCGCGGGUUCUACUGUGACGACGAGAGCAUCCGGUACCCUUACCGCGGGGAAACCAUCUCCCAUGGCAUGAUGGCAGGGGUUACCAUCACCUGCAGUGUCCUCAUUAUCACAUCGGGAGAGGCGUACUUGGUCUACUCAAAGCACCUCCACUCCAACAGCAAUUUCAACCAGUACCUGUCUGCGCUGUACAAGGUGGUGGGCACCUUCAUCUUCGGGGCAGGGGUCAGCCAGUCCAUCACCGAUCUGGCCAAGUACACCAUCGGCCGGCUGCGGCCCAAUUUCCUGGCAGUGUGUGACCCCGACUGGACCAAGAUAAACUGCUCCAGGGGGUAUGUGAUGCUGGAGUCCGCCUGCAGGGGGAGCUCCCGAAACAUCACCGAGUCCAGGCUGUCCUUCUACUCUGGUCACUCCUCCUUCGGGAUGUACUGCAUGCUGUUCCUGGCGCUCUAUGUCCACUCUCGUUUAGUGGCGAAAUGGGCUCGUCUGCUGCGUCCCACAAUCCAGUUCUUCCUGAUCUCCUUCGCUCUGUACGUGGCCUACACGCGGGUCUCGGAUUACAUGCACCACUGGAGCGACGUUCUGGUGGGGCUCCUGCAGGGGGCGCUCAUAGCCUCUCUCAAUGUGCGUUACGUGUCAGACUUCUUCAAACAGAGACUCCCCAGAGUGCAGAGGAGACAGCUGGAGGAUGAACUGGAGUGCAAACAAAGCCUGCAAGUGGCCGAUUUGGAGCGCAAUAACCAUUACAGCCUUCCAGGGGCUACCUAAUGAACGAGCAAGCGAGCGAACCACCCCCAAAAAACCACUGGACUUUAAGAGAGAGAGAGAAUUCGGACCAUGUAAAUCAGUCUACUCAGUGACAGCGAUUCACCUAUAUUUGUAUUUGUGUGUGUAUAUGUAUAGUGGACUCUUGAUCCUUUUAAUUUUUCGGAUUAUUUUUGUUUGUUUUUUGUCGUUGUUGCCUGUGUGGUUAAGAUAUUUAGCUCCUGUCUACGGAUCUCGUAGGUUUUAAAACCAGGGGGGGAAAAAAAAGA